UAAUUGGCCGUUCGGGGCCAACAAAUAAGUCCUUUCUCUUUAAUUCUCUGCAGUCUUCUUCAUUUUUUAUUCGACCAAAAUUUUUUUUUUUUUUUUUUAAUAUCCCUUUCCUCACGAAAUCUCUAAAGAACCGACUUAGAGCUGGUUCGAGUCUCCUCAAAUCUUCUUCUUCGAUUUUUUUUCUAGGGUUAGAGAUUUUGAGUCUCCGAUCGAUUUCGCGAUUUGUUGAACUAGGAUCUGAAAUUAGAAUGGGUGGUGAAGCAGAUUCAAGUCAGCCGCUGACUGCUGAAGGCGGAGCUGGAGGAGAAGCUGUUGCCGUGAACGUCCGGUGCUCCAAUGGCUCGAAAUUUAGUGUGACAACGAGUCUCGAUUCCACGGUCGAGUCUUUCAAAGAGUUGAUUGCGCAGAACAGCGAUGUGCCAGCUAAUCAGCAGCGUUUGAUUUACAAGGGACGUAUCCUCAAGGACGAUCAGACGCUUCUCAGCUAUGGUUUGCAGGCUGAUCACACCGUUCAUAUGGUUCGAGGUUUUGUACCUUCUUCUCCUUCUGCUCCCGCUGCAAAUGCUGGAAACCAAACCACUGCUCCUCAAGCGGUUAGUUCAAAUGAUAGCUCAAACCUCGGAGGAGGGGAAUCUUUGUUCCCUGGGCUUGGAUUUAAUCCUUUGGGUGGUGGAAAUGCUAUGGCUGGAUUAUUUGGAUCUGGUCUUCCGGAUCUGGAGCAGGCACAGCAACAACUAGCUCAAAACCCUAACAUGAUUAGAGAUAUGAUGAAUACUCCAGCCAUCCAGAAUCUUAUGAACAACCCAGAAUUUAUGAGGAGUAUGAUUAUGAAUAACCCUCAAAUGCGUGAGCUUGUGGAUCGCAAUCCUGAGCUUGGUCAUGUGCUCAAUGACCCAAGCAUCCUUCGUCAAACUCUAGAAGCGGCAAGAAACCCAGAGCUUAUGCGUGAAAUGAUGCGGAAUACCGAUAGGGCUAUGAGUAAUAUUGAGUCUAUGCCUGAGGGGUUUAACAUGCUUAGGCGUAUGUAUGAAAAUGUUCAGGAACCGUUAAUGAAUGCUACCACUAUGUCCGGGAAUGCUGGAAGCAAUACAGGCUCUAAUCCAUUUGCUGCUCUUCUGGGAAACCAGGGGGUCACUACACAAGGAAGCGACGUCUCUAAUAAUACUUCGACACCGAAUGCUGAAACGGGCACACCUAAUGCAAAUCCACUUCCUAAUCCAUGGGGUGCUACGGCUGGCCAAACAACUGCCCCUGGAUGGACAAAUGCUGGUGGGGAUGCGAGAAGUGCUGGACUUGGUGGUCUUGGUGGCCUUGCUGGUCUUGGUAUGCUGGGAGCGGACUCACCUCUUGGUGCGACUCCAGAUGCUUCUCAGUUGAGCCAAAUACUGCAAAACCCAGCUAUGUCGCAGAUGAUGCAAAGUGUACUUUCCAAUCCACAAUACAUGAAUCAGCUUAUGAGUCUCAACCCGCAACUCCGAAGCAUGCUAGAUAUGAAUCCUCAGUUGAGGGAAAUGAUGCAGAACCCUGAAUUCCUUCGCCAGUUUAGCUCUCCAGAGAUGAUGCAGCAAAUGAUGUCUCUACAACAAUCACUUUUCUCUCAGAAUAGGAACACGGCUGGCCAGGAUCCAACGCAAACUGGUGCUGCGACAGGGACAGCCAAUAACGGAGGGCUGGAUUUAUUGAUGAAUAUGUUUGGCAGUCUUGGUGCUGGCGGCCUGAGUGGCACAAACCAACCCAAUGUUCCUCCUGAAGAGCGAUAUGCGACUCAGUUGCAGCAGUUGCAAGAAAUGGGAUUCUACGACAGAGCAGAGAACAUAAGAGCGUUGCUUGCAACCAAUGGUAACGUUAACGCUGCUGUAGAACGACUCUUGGGGAGUAUUGGGCAGUAGCAUACAGGAUCGUGAACUUGUGGAUAGAAAAGCUGCGCAUGGAUACAGUAUUUGUUUUCAGUGGUCAUCUUCUUCCUCCUCUCUACCCAUCCCCAAAACUUUUUUUUUUUUACAUACUUUGGGUCGUCUGUUAUCUUUCAGAUUCUAUUUGAAGUUGUUACAACGUACAUCUGUAGAAGUUGAUUUCGAAAUGUGGAAUGGUUACAUUUACGUGAUCUUUUCUCCAUUUA